CCCAUUUUUAGUGAUAAUCAUCUGCAGCGAAAUCUAGAUUCAGGAAGACAAACACUAAAAAAGAUCUAAUUUUUAGGCUUUGUAUAUCUUAUUAUUUCAUCAAAGUUUCCAUUUUUCAUGUUCAAACCUUAAUUAAUUAAUUUCUCAAAUGGUUUCAGAUCAAACAAAACCAGAAGCCAAAACAUAACCUUUAUGAAUUACUCCACUCUUCUCCGCAGGAUUUGUUUUCUCCAAUCAUUCUCUGUGUUAUUCCUUUAUUGGUUCUACGUCUUCUCUUGAACUAAAUCACUCCUUUUAAUUCAAAUUCCAAUUCCAAUUCCAAAUUCACAAUCCACCAAAAUUCAGUACAUUUCCAGUAACAACACAAUGCAAGCAAGUCAAUCUUCGAGUUCCGAAGAAAUCCGGGGCUCUGUGAUGGAUCAAAGAAAAAGAAAAAGGAUGCUAUCAAACAGAGAGUCUGCAAGAAGAUCAAGAAUGAGGAAACAACAGCAUUUGGAUGAACUUAUAAACCAAGUUGAACAUUUGAAGAAUGAGAAUUCUCAGAUAGAAACUCAAGCUGAUUUGCUUAACCAGCAAUUCUUGAUUGUAGAUUCUGAGAACUGUGCUUUGAGAAGUGAGGUUAUGGAUUUAACUGAAAGGCUAAGAUCAAUGAAUUCAGUUCUUGAGUUUGUGGGGGAGUUCAGUGGGAUGAUGAUGGAUAUACAGGAAAUUCCUGACCCUCUUUUGAAACCAUGGCAACUCCCUUGUCCUACACAGCCUGUCAUGUUUCAAUACUGAAUUUGAACUUCUUUUUUUUAUUCUGAAAAGAGUGUUCUUGUGAUGUUAUUAUCUGUUGUUGUUUUGCUGUUUCUAGUUCUUGUAUUUCUGUUAUUGUUGAUUUGAAUCAACAAUAUGUUGUGUUCUUAUUAAUUACAUGUUUUGGAUU